CCCUCAUCGGCCGCAGGGGGAGGAGCCAGACCCAACAGGUGAAGGCCUUGGGAGGCGCCCUGCGCUGGAGGAGCCUGCAGCUGCCCCCACCCUCUGAGACGCACCGUGCCUCAGUUUCCCUCUCUGUGGAUCAGGAGAGAGCGUUGCCGUUAUCCUCUGGGCUGUUUGGAGAGAGUGACUAAAUGCACCUUGGGCAGGCUGUCUGCGGGGAUGAAGUGGUUGGGAGAGUCCAAGAACAUGGUGCUGAAUGGCCGCAGGAACGGAGGCAAGGUGUCUGAGCAUCAGCAGAGCCCGUCCAAAGCACAGCCCGCAGGCAAGGACACCUUGAAGGCCGGCCGGAGUGCAGGCGAGCGCAAGGCCGGCAGAUGCCAUGGGAACUCAGGGUUUGAAGGGCAGAGCCGCUACGUGCCGUCUUCUGGAAUGUCUGCCAAGGAGCUCUGUGAAAAUGAUGACCUCGCCACCAGCUUGGUUCUUGAUCCUUAUUUAGGUUUUCAAACACACAAAAUGAAUACUAGCGCCUUUCCUUCGAGGAGCUCAAGGCAUUUUUCAAAAUCUGACACUUUUCCUCACAACAACCCCGUGAGAUUUAGGCCUAUUAAAGGAAGACAAGAAGAACUGAAAGAAGUGAUUGAACGUUUUAAGAAGGAUGAGCACUUGGAAAAAGCCUUCAAAUGUCUGACGUCAGGCGAGUGGGCACGGCACUAUUUCCUCAACAAGAACAAAGUGCAGGAAAAAUUAUUCAAGGAACACGUGUUUAUUUACUUGCGAAUGUUUGCAACUGACAGUGGAUUUGAAAUACUACCUUGUAAUAGAUACUCAUCAGAACGAAAUGGAGCCAAAAUAGUUGCAACAAAAGAGUGGAAACGAAAUGACAAAAUAGAAUUACUGGUGGGUUGUAUUGCCGAACUUUCAGAAAUUGAGGAGAACAUGCUGCUUAGACAUGGAGAGAACGACUUCAGUGUCAUGUAUUCCACAAGGAAAAAUUGUGCUCAACUCUGGCUCGGUCCUGCUGCGUUUAUUAACCAUGAUUGCCGACCUAACUGUAAGUUUGUGUCGACUGGUCGGGAUACAGCUUGUGUGAAGGCACUUCGAGAUAUUGAACCUGGAGAAGAAAUUUCCUGUUAUUAUGGAGAUGGUUUUUUUGGAGAAAACAAUGAGUUCUGCGAGUGUUACACUUGUGAAAGACGGGGAACUGGUGCUUUUAAAUCCAGAGUGGGACUGCCUGCGCCUGCUCCUGUUAUCAAUAGCAAAUACGGACUCAGAGAAACAGAUAAGCGUUUAAAUAGGCUUAAAAAGUUAGGGGACAGCAGCAAAAACUCAGACAGCCAAUCUGUGAGCUCUAACACUGAUGCAGACACCACUCAGGAAAAAAACAAUGCAACUUCUACACGAAAAUCUUCAGUUGGUGUAAAAACGAGCAGCAAGAACAGAGCAUUGACCAGGCAGUCGGCGUCAAGAAUUCCAGCUCCUCCCAGCACUACCUCAUCGAAGCUAACUCCCAUCAGUGAUUCCAGGGUACCAAAGAAACUGAAAAAGCCUGCCAAGCCUUUACUGUCAAAGAUCAAAUUAAGAAAUCACUGCAAGCGGCUGGAGCAGAAGAAUACUUCGAGAAAGCUUGAGAUGGGCGACCUAGUACUUAAAGAGCCCAAAGUCGUUCUGUAUAAAAAUUUGCCCAUUAAAAAAGAAAAGGAGCCAGAGGGACCAGCAGAGGUGACAGGUGCUGGCGGGUGCAUGACCAGGCACGCGGCACGGGAGCACAGACCGAGUCCUGGGAGAGGUGCUGGCGCGCAGGGGGACGGCUCGCCCUGCGCCUACACGACCAGGCGGUCGGUGCGGACGAGGACCAGUCUGAAGGACGCCUCGGACAGCAAGUUGGACCCCAGCCCACUGGACAGCUGUACCAGUGGUGAGGCCAAGCCUCAGACAGACUGUGCCGAGCAGCCAGCAGAGCCACCCGGGGUGCCACCAGAGGAACCGGCUCCUGACGUGGCACCAGAGGGCGAAGCCAGGUAUCACGGGAACACCGACAGCCCAUCCAAAAGAAAGUCGCGGCAGGGGAAGCUGGUGAAACCGUUGGGAAGUACUGAGGAGUCCCCUCCAGUGCACAGCCCCCCUGAAAACGACAGUGUGCCCCUGACUCCAGUGGAGCCACGGCCCGAGCAGGGCGAGUUCAACGGCCCCGCUGGCGUCCCUGCGAGUCACACGGCCUGUGCCUCCCCACCAGCCAGCUGCCCGGUUGUCACAGCAGAUAGCUUCAAAGUCAAAGACAGCUUCAGAACUGCCAAGAGCAAGAAAAGGAGGCGGACCACGCGGUACGACGCACAGCUGGUGCUAGAGGACAGCUCCGGGAUCCCCAAGCUGACUCUGCGCCGGCGCCACGACAGCAGCAGCAAGGCGGCCGAGCCGGAGGGCGACGCAGUGAGCGCCUCCAAGCUCAGCAUCAAGCUGAGCAAGGACCACGACAAGGACAGCAACCUCUACGUGGCCAAGCUCAACAACGGCUUCAGCUCGGGGUCCGGCAGCAGCUCGACAAAGCUCAAGAUCCAGCUAAAGCGGGACGAGGACGGCAAGGGGCCCUACGCCGAGGGGCUGCACGAAAACGGGCUAUGCUGCAGCGACCCCCUGUCCCUGCUGGCCCCCCGCAUGGAGGUGGACGACUACAGCCAGUACGAGGAUGAGAGCGCGGAGGACGACUCCUCCUCCUGCGCCGAGGAAGAGGAGGACGACGAGGAUGAGUUCGAGGACGAUUUCAUCCCUCUGCCGCCAGCCAAGCGCUUGAGGCUGAUAGUCGGGAAAGACUCGAUAGAUAUUGACAUUUCCUCCAGGAGAAGGGAGGAUCAGUCUUUAAGGCUAAACGCGUGAGCUCUUGGUCAGAGCGUGA